GUUUGAAGUUGGAGGUUUUGGGGGGAAAUGGCUCCGGCGGCCGGGAGCGCUCACAAGAGGCAAAGGCGAAGGUGAGUUUAUUGGUCUCAGUGAGGAAACAGCUGUACUGUAAAGUGCUGGUGCUGUGGCAUUGCAGGGAGAGGCAACCCAGAGGGUGUGGACUACAUCCCCCAUAAUGCUCUUACACCCACAAUGCUGGCAAAGCAUCAUGGGAGGUGUAGUCCGAAACAUCUGGAGUGCUGAAGGUUGCCUAUGCCUGAUAUAGUGCAUACCUCCCAAGUGUCCCUAUUUAGCAGGAACAGUCCCUAUCCUGCGCCCAAAUCUCUCUGCCUCUCUUUUCUAGGAGUUCCAUGUUGUUGGGAGGGGGUCUGGGUGUAUAGCAGAGCUCCACAGCAGUAAAUACGAUGCAUUGUUCUUGUUUUAAAUUCCAUUUUAAGAUGCUUAAAAUGUUAUGCACCCUCAACUCAUACCGCUAAAAUGAAAGUGUCCCUCUAUAUUAAUUUGAAGGGUUGGGAGGUAUGUAGAAUUCAGGUCCUGCAAGAAGGUAGCAACUUUUUAAAGGUGUUUGCUAUGGGAUGCUUUCCUUAUUAAAUAAUUGGAUUUCCCUGGAGCAGCAUAAGAUUGCUCCAUACUGCAGCAUAGUGGUGGUUUUCCUAAAAUGACUGUAAGUGUGCAUAAGUCAUGUGUUUAGGAAAACUUGGCUGAUCUGACAACUAGUUGUUACACCUCUUGAAGUAAAUCCUUUAGUCUAGACUGAAAGCUCGUUUGAGCAGGGUCCUCUUCAACCUAUGGUUCCUGUACGUUUAUAAUAUUGUAAAGCGCUACGGAAUCGGCUGGCGCUAUUCAAAUGGCAAUAAUAAUAAAUGAUUUUGGGGCCCAAUGUUUGGGCAAAAGGGACCAGAUGGAGUGACAGGAGAGGAAUAGCGCUGAUGUGCUUCAGGGCAUGGACAAUGGGGCACUCUGCAAUACUUUAGGGAUCUGAUGCUGUUGUGCUGUAGGGAUCUAAUGGCAAGGGCACAUCUCUGCUUUGGGGACCUGUUAGCCAAGGUGAGACUGCUCUGUUGUAGCUACCUUUUGGCCAGGUGGGUGACACUGAUCUGCUGUAGGAACCCGAUGGCCCGGGGACAACAACACUGUUUUACUGAUGGCCUAAUGAUGUUAGGGCAGGGGUGGGCAAUCUGCGGCCCUCCAGGUGUUUUAGACUACAUCUCCCAUAAUGCUAGCAAAGCAUCAAGGGAGAUGUAGUCCAAAACAUCUGGAGGACCGCAGAUUGCCCACCCCUGUGUUAGGGGAUGCUGCCCUUCUACUGCAGGCAAUGGAUAACGGAUAGGCACUGCUCUUCUCAUACAGGUAUCUGAGUUGGGAAGCACCUCUAUGUUGCUGUAGUGAGCUGGUGAUGUGAGAUGCUGCAUUGGUUUUCUGGAAAAACUAUCCAUAUAGGGUACACAUAAUUUUAAACUUUAUUCACAAAUUGCAGUGUUCAGCUUAUUAAUAUUUAUCUCUAUACUUUAACUAUUAAUUUAAAAUAUUAGGAACUUAGUGGACAGAUGUGCUUGCCCCAAACGAUGCACAGAAUAUCCCACACUUAUCUACUCGCUGCAAAGUGCAUUUUAAGAUUAGGAAACAAUAUACCGGUACUUGUAGUUAGGUUUAAUUUAGACUGGAAGAAAGAAGAUUUUGUCUAAGGCAAAGGAAAGGUUUUUUUACUGUAAGAACAAUCAGGAUGUGGAAUUCUCUGCCUGAAGAAGUGGUUUUAUCAGAGUCCAUACAGCUGUUCAAACAGCUACUAGAUGCAUACUUGCAAAAACAGAAUAUUCAAGGAUAUAAUCUUUCAAUGUAGGGUAAUAACUGCUUGAUCCAAGGAUAAAUCUGACUGCCAUUCUGGGGUCAAGAAGGAAUUUCUUUCCUAGCUUGUUGCAAAAUUGUGCUUCAAACUGGGUUUUGUUUUGCCUUCUUUUGGAUCAACAGCAAAAAACAAAUGUGAGGAAGGCUGAACUUGAUGCACGCAAGUCUCUUUUCAGCUAUGUAACUAUGUAUAAAUGUUCACCAAUAUGAUCAACACAGGGUGACUCUGCCAUCCACACAAAUUGUUAGUAACUGGUUCAUUUUAAGUAACUAGUUACUGUACUGGACAGACCAGAGUUGCUGUUUAACUUGUGGUCAGUGUAAAUACUCUUUCCAUAUUGAUUACCAUGCUGCUGUACAUUGGAAGAAGACUAGUCUUGUUUAAAAAAAAAAAAAAAAAGUUUUGCCUACAUUAAAGUGACGUUCUAAACACUGUAACAUAGAAACACAGUUAUGUUGCCAAAGUCUUCUGGCACAGCCCAAUGGUUAACUGUCUAAGACCAGUUUGACAUUUAACUACCUCUUUUGGACAAGCUUGCUGCUUCAGUUCUGACCUGGUAUGGUAAUGCGGAGGUUGAAAGUUCUACAUUAUCCUGUUGAUGCUUUCAGCCAGAGAAUCACGUUCCAACAAGGUAUGAUAAAGUGCAACCCACACCAGAUGGAACUUUGGUGCCCGGCAGAGACAGGUAAGCGUCAUCUUUAAAGAGUUUGUCAGUUUAACUGCCAUGCCAGGCGACUCCUAGCUCCACAACUACUACAGUGGGCUCUAGGAUAUAUGAUGCUUGGAGUAUCCCUUUGACAUCUGGUGGAAGUUUGACUAAACCUACAUCUCUGGACAAGAUAGCACCCACCUCCUCAACUUAAAGGAACCACCAUAGUGUUAGGAAUACAAAGCUGUCUGGUAGAGGCAGUCUUAACCCUGCAAUAUAAACAUUGCAGUUUCUCUAAAGCUUCAAUGUUUUAGAUUGCAGGGUUAAGGGGACAGGGACACUGCACCCUGACCAUUUCAAUGAGAUGAGGUGGUCUGGGUGCCUAUAGUGUCCCUUUAAAGGGAGUGCUUUUGUGACUGAUGACUAGAGUGCACAUGUUCAUUUAUUGCUCUUUUUCAUAUAUUGAAAUCUUUUGUAAUCAUUUUUUUUUUUUCCAGCGCUUCUAUAAUCGAUGAGUGCCUUGCCGAAUUCAUUAAAAGAACAAUACUGAGGCUGCCAACUCCAGAUAUAUUAAAUAUCUUAAAAGAAUGGGGAUUCUUAGCUGAAAAGGAAUUGCAAACAUUGACCAUACGACCAAAGGAAAUGCUAGCAAUGGAGGUGGUACGUUUUUGCGAGGUAUGAGAUCACACAGUAUGUGUUUGGUGACCAUUAUGUAUUGAUGUAUAAUAUUUUGGCAUUCCUAAAAUCCAGAAUGAGAGAAUUGUAUGCUUUCAUAGUAAGCAUGGAUGCAAUCUUUGAUUGAACGGACAUGUCCAUUUAAUCAAUAUAAAUUAAUUCACAAGGGCUAAGCAUGUCCAUUUAAUCAAUAUAAAUUAAUACACAAGGGCUAAAACCACAACAUAUUGCAUAUAGAGGCUGCCCUUUUGUCUGAGAAAUAGUAAUGUUUACCACUUUUGCUGCAUAGAUUUUGCCCCCUUUGUCUUUGAUUGUAAAAUAUUCCAAUUUCUGAGAAAUGGCAAUGUUCACAUUUGUCCUAAAACACUCUAUUAGUGACUCUCACAGACAGCCACUAAAGGGACUUUCUUAUCAAGACAUUUGGUUUUUGAAGGAAUAAAAGAGAGAAGUAGAAUAUUAAUAGAAAAGCAUUGGAUUCAGUGAUUAUUUAUGAGAAGCAUGUUAUAUGGCAUGCUCUUUUAUACUUUAGAUUAGACACAAGUAAUAUAACUGAUGACCACAUCGGACGAGGACUGGGUUUCUGCAUGGAGUCUUUCCCAGCACUGGAUUAUAGUUGGUAUGUUACAGCAACCAAAAAACAGUUUAUUCAUAAAACACUGGUUUUGGUUAGAAUAAACCUUUGUGUGGGCGGCACGGUUUUAUAGUGCACAAACCUAAUUCGGCCACAUGAUGGCAGUAGAUAGCAGUGCUGGUAGUUGCACCAGUAAACCAUGCUCAAUUAGGAUUACUUUCCUUGUUUCAAAGUCUGUUUUAACUUCUCCAACUGAAAGAAAACUUUGGUUGAACCCUAAUGUUUGACCUUUUUUUGUUUAUUUUGUAGGUUAAGAAUGCUACAAUGAAAGAUGCUGCAAAUCUCGACUUUGUCUGUAAGUAUUCUGUAUGUCUAUUACUUUCCAAUGAAGUGUAAACUUUCUUGUUAUAUUGUGAAGGUAACUAUCUGUGGGUUAACUUAUGAUAAGGAAAGCUAGGGAAAAAAAUCAGUAUGUAUUUGAUAGAAAAAAAACUUAUAUAUUGAAAUUGAAAGAAAAAAAUGUGCAUGUGCGGCAAGAGCCACGCGUGCAGUCAGUCCAUAGGAAAGCAUUCUCAAUGCUUUCCUAUGGACGCUGGCGUCUUCUCACUGUGAAAAUCACAGUGAGAAGUGCGGAAGCACCUCUAGCGGCUGUCAAUGAGACAGCCACUAGAGGCUGGAUUAACCCUAAUGUAAACAUAGCAGUUUCUCUUUACAGCUGGCAGGGUUAACCCUAGAUGGAACAAUAAAAAGCACAACCUAAAAAGUACAAAGGGAGACUAAUAGUGCAGACUGUAAAAUAAAAAACAUACCAUAAAAGGAAAACUAAAAUGCACUCACAAACAAAGAUAUAAAUAGGCAGGGUAUAGUCAGUCUUCUUAAAAUGCUUCGUCUAUUCUUAGUGUAGAGAUGGAUGCUUAAAACAAAGCACAAAGACAGACCAUAGUGUAUAACUGUAUAGUAUAAAAAAGUAGUAACAGUAGUAAUCGGGCUCUUCAAAUCAAACUCAAUGUCUUCCACCAAAGCAAAAUAUAACCAUCAGGAUAUAGAGAAAUAUGGAGACAAGGGAGAUGGAGAGAUCCUCAAUAAAAAUAUAAAUACAAAGCUUGCCACCCUACGCGUUUCGUCUCAAUGACUUCAUCCAGGGCUUGUGGCAACAAUAUACACAAAAUACAAACAUGUAAACACUUAAAUAUCCUGCCUUAAAAAAUUCAGCCAAUCCUAAAAGUGUCUUCAAUCGGAAUCAUCUGCAGAUAAUCUCCUCCGUCGGGUUUCAUUAUCCUUUCGCGCUUCUAAAGGCGCGUGCGCUCCAAGCCUCGUUUUCACAAUACCGGAAGUCCCAGUUGAUCUGUCUCUGAAACGCAAAUGCGUUCCACUCCGUCCGGAAACAGGGAAGAAAGGUCUAAAAUGGGGCGCAGAUGCGUAUCGAUUCCUCCAAAACCGUAAACAAAGUCCGAAAUGGGUUAACCCUAGAUGGACCUGGCACCCAGACCACUUCAUUAAGCUGAAGUGGUCUGGGUGCCUAUAGUGGUCCUUUAAGGAAGAAAACAGAAAUCUGGAACCCGUUUGUUAUAUGUAAAAUGAUAUGAAUCUUUAUUUCAAAAUCUAUUGUCUGCUUUCACAGGCUUCUUGAACACAAAUGUGGUUCCAACAGAUAACUUUAUCCAUUUACAAAGACAAGUGGCUUAAGAUAGAAUAUUGCAACUUGCUAUGUCUAGUUCUAUGUUACCUAUCCUCUGUUUAAAGAAUUCUAUUCAUAUAUUCAAACUACACAAUGGAUUAUUCUAUUGUACUGUUAUUCUGCAAGCAGUUCUACAUCUGUCCUAUGCUAAAUGAAUUGCUAAAUGAAUUGACAAAAAAAAAUGGGUUUGCAUACCGGUAUUUCUAUUAUUUUACUGUUGUUUAUCAACUGUUUUACUUAUAAAAACGUCAUUCCACUUUUCAUUUUUAUUUUCCAGUUAAUCAUGCCAAUCCAGAAAAGAAAACUUGGAAUGUCUAUCAAAUGUCCAAACCCUUGGGUAGGUUAUCGCUUUUGUAGAAUGUUUUCCGUUGUCCCUUGCAUAACCUUUUUUUUUAACAUAAUAUUUGGGUGUUUGAAGUUAAAAAGUUCAAGUUAUCGCAUUGGUGAUACUCAGUAAAAUUAUAUGAGAUCUGUACUAGAAAAAUGGGUGUAAUUUCAGCCAAAGAAUCACGUUCCGACUGACAAAAGUUUACUAUGUGCAUGUCCAUGCUUUAUAAUCACAUUUGUCUUUAUUGCGAUAUGUACUACCUUCAAAGAAACAAUUAUAUGACAUGUCUAUUUCUACUUGUUGUUCCACCUGGGAAUUAUUUUUAAAGUGGCUCAGUGACUGGAGUUUUAUUUUAAAAAAGCUUUACACAUUUUUACUCUAAAUGUACAGCUUUAACAGUAACCGGAAAGUAGAUGAGAUACUCAGCCAGUCUUGGCCUGUCUUGUGUUUUCAAUUAGACAUCUGUGUAUAUCACAUAUAUCGGUGCUCAACAGAGGUUUGAAGUGGUUUAUUGCUUAUCAGCCUCAAGUGGUUUUAUUUAUUAAUGACCAGGACUUGGCUAAGUGCAGAAAUAGGAAUACUCCCAAUGAUAUAUUUUCUUAUCAGUAAGUGGCAUUGUACAAUCUAACUGUUGUGCUUCAAUUCUUUUUAAAGGGGACCUGUAGUCCUGAAAGCAACAUUUAGUUUUUCAGGUUAUACAUUCCCUUAUAUUACUGUGACCACUGUCCCUGCUGGUAAAAACAAUUUAAGUUAAACAAUGAUUACUCACCUCUCCUGAGACCCCACCACUCUGCCACUGGGGGUGUCAGCCUGCAAGUUAACAUCUUCCGAGAUCUUCAUUGAGAAAUAAAGGAUUGGAGAAACGCAUGUAUGGCAACAAUCAAAUGCUGGUAUGGGCGGCAUUUGAUUGCAGUGCCGAGUUUGACUCGUUUCUGGCGGAGAAAGCACCUUUAGGGAAUGUCAGAAAUACAACCACUAGAGGCCUAAUUAACCCUGCCAUGUUCACAUUGUAGUUUCUUCAAAACUGAAAUGUUUUACAGUGCAGGGUUAAAACUACAGAGCCCCUACACUUGGAACACUUUGUUACGAUAAUGUAGUCUGGGUGACUUUCGUCGUUCUUUAAAGGGACACUAUAGUCACCAAAACAACUUUAGCUUAAUGAAGCAAUUUGGGUGUAUAGAUCAUGCCUCUGUAGUUUUACUGCUCAAUUCACUGCCAUUUAGAAGUUAAAUCACUUUAGUUGGCUGUGAUUGCCACAACCUGAAUGAAAACAAAAUGGUUUCAUUUUCAAUCCGAUGUAACUAACUUUAAAAGUUUUUAUCUCCUGAUUUGCAAAUUGAACUUUAAUUACAUGCAAUAGGCUCCUGCUGGGUCUAGCAAGCUAUUAACAGAGCAGGAGAUGAGAAAUUCUAAGUUAAACUGAAUUUAAAAUAAAGGAAGUGUAAACAUUAGCUGACUCUCUUUACAGGAAGUGUUUAGGAAGGCUGUGCAAGUCACAUGCAGGGAGUGGUGUCUAGAACUGCAUAAACAAAGUGAUUUAACUCCUAAAUGACAAAGAAUUGAGUGAGACUGCAGGGGUAUGAUCUAUAAAGCAAAACAGUUGUUCUGGUGACUACAGUGUGCUUUUAAAGUGUGAUAUGAAUACAUUGAUUUCAAGACUGUAGUAAAUUAAUCGCAAUCCGUAAAAUGUGUUCCAAUUAAAAUUGGGAUUUUCAUUGUUCAUUAAUUAAAACCAAAAGGUCAGCUUGUUCAGUAAAUAAAUCUCGCAUUCAUUAUCUGCCUUUGCCAUGGUCCAAAAACAUUUGGGAGACACUGAUUUAACUUGCCUGUCUAACACUAUGACUCCUGAUUUUAUUUUGCAGAAUCUGAAAUAGAUUUUUUCGAUUUGUCAGAAUACAAGCUUCAGUUUAAAAAGAGUAUUCAUUCAGUUUCCAAAAACGUGAGUGUAAAUUCUGGAAAUGUGAUUUUUGUCGUUACUGUUAUUUGUCUAUUAUUAUUGUUAUGAUGAAGGCACAGGCCCACACAUUCAUACACAAACAGUUUAAUCAUGGUGUUGGUCAGUCUCUGCUUCUUUUUAUUGGGUGAUUUUCACACUCCUGCCGCGCAUGCCUGGCGCUGGAGAAAAGGUAUGUAUUUAACCCCUUCCUCACCAUAGAGCCCGGCGGGAGGGGGACCCUACGUGUGGGGGGGACCUAGAAACCCUAUAGUGCCAGGAAAUGUAUGUUUUCCUGGCACUAUAGUGGUCCUUUAAAGAGUAUGUUCUAGCCUGUCUUUUUUUGCCAUGCAUAAUCAUGACCCAGGUGCUCUUUGCAGUUGCAUCUAUUCUAAAUUUCAACUGCUUUGCAAAUUGUACAAGACAAAAAAAACAUUUUUUAUUUUAAGUAUUUUUUACUUUUGAUUUCAAAAAUUCAACUGGCAGGUUACCAUCCACUUCAAAGAGUUCGGGGAAGCACUCUGGAUCCGUAUAGCAUGGGGGAAAAACCAUACCAGGCCAGAUCAGUACAAACCUACCUUUGUUGUAUACCAAUCACAUACCCCAUACGCCUUCGUAACGAAUAUCACAAAGACUUGCCAACCUUUGCUUUGUCAGGUACGUUUUUAACCUUUUUUUGCAUUAAAAAUAGGUGGUGGGGAAAGGGUUUUUAAUGCAGCUCUAGGGGUUUGGUGCGAUCUGAUGGUCAACUAAAAACAGUAAUGAAAUUUACUUCUCAUUUAAAAAAAAAAUAAUAAUUCAGAAAUAAAUGUUUUAUAAUUUUUAAUGUGUUCCUGGCACAGCUACUUACUAUGCAAAUUUAAAGGUUAUCUAUGCCGGGGGAAUGUCUGUCUCUUUUUUUUUUUUUUUUUUUCUUCUUCUAAUGUAUGCUAUAGAUUGUGAAUGCAAAGCAGGUCAAUUAAAAAUAAAUAACCUAUGUAGGUUCCCUAUUUUGUGGGUCUGGCUGCACCAGUGGUUAAAGCCCCAACACUAAGAGAAAACAUCAAUUCAGGAUCUUUUCAAAUGAAAACAAAAUAUGCAACACAGUGUUCUCUGUUAUGUAUAAAUUAUCUUUCUGUCUGUUAGAUUUUCUUAAAGGAACAUUGUAGGAUCAGGAACACGUGUAUUACUGACCCUAUAGUGUUAAAACCACCAUCUAGCCCCCCUUGCCUCCCUAAAUAUAGUAAAAUCCUACUUGUAGUUAAGUCUGCUGCCUCUGCUCCUGACCUGCCUGCAUCAUCAGAAGUGAUUAUGUGAGCCAAUCACAAUGCUUUCCCACAGGAUUGACAAAGACUGUCAAUGAGGCAGAUCAGGGGCAAAGCUAGCACAAGCCAAACACAGCCCUGUCCAAACAGGAUCUCCUCAUAGAGAUACAUUUAACCAAUGCAUUUCUAUGAGGAAAGUUCAGUGGGUGAAGACACUGAAUGGCGUUCCCAGUGUGCAGCACUGUGCCAGGAAGCAGCUUUAGCAGCCAUCUGAGGACAGUGGAGUUAUCACUAGGCUGUAAUGUAAACACUGCAUUUUCUAUGAAAAAACAGUAUUUACAGCAAAAAGCCCGAAUGGAAUGAUUAAACUCGCCAGAACAAAUACAAUAAGCUGUGGUUGUUCUGGUUACUAUAGUGUCCCUUUUAAAGUGUACCAGUCAUACUAUAUAGAACUUGUGCUCUCAAGGGAGAGCAGAAAAGAUCUCCCGUAUGGGUCUUUCUGCUCUUCAUACAAAGCAGCAUGUUCUGUGGUUGGUGUAGAAACUCCCAAGCUGACAGUGCUAGCACUAGAUAGGGCAUAUAGGAAUGGCACAGGUGUGACACUCCUUUCAGACACUGGUAACAAGGCCAGUGUAUCAGCAUCACAGAGGAGGUUUACCCUGCUCAAGUAGGGCAAAUCACAAAAGUGACUGGGUAGAUUGGAGGUGGGUGUUACACGAAGCUCUGGUCAUGCCAGCACUGAAAUGGAGGUAAGGCGAGUAUUUUUGAAGAUGUUACAUUGAAUAUAUCUUGUACCUCUGUGAUACAUGAUGUAUUUAAUGCAUUAGGGAGGGGGUAGGGUGGGUUCCAAACACGCACAACUGGUGACGGUGUAAUUUAAAGAUAAAAACUAUUUUAAAAGGUGCACUGUGUCUUUAAGACCUUAAUAUAAAGUGAAAAAUCAUACUCUUAUUUGUUCAAGAAAUUGCACAAUGGGCGUAUAAUUGUUCAGUCUGUAAUUUCUCACUUGACAUUAGCCAAUGUCAUUAGCCAAGUGAGAAAUUCUGGACUGUUCAAGUAUACGCUUAUACAGGGUGGACUUAUAAGUAGAAUGCGGGCAAGGAAAAGGUAGAUCUGAGGAAGUAGUCAUUACGGCGAAACGUGUCAGUACACUACCGACGUCACUACACACACAAGUGGUCAGUAACCCCACCUCCCGGAAGCCUCAAAGAAAAUCUGAAGUCCGGUCCCGAGAUUCUGGCCAAAUUAAUAGGACCGCACAAGAAUCUUACUUACAGAGGAAAAGGGGAAGAAGGUCCGAUUGCUUGCUGUUUUUAAAUGUGUGAAAUAAAGAUUUAUUCUACAUGUUUUUCCUGCAUUUCUCUUGGGAUCAUUAUUUGGAGCCAUUAAAGUUAGAGCUGACUUGUCUGCUCUAAACUUGUGAGUGCAAAUUUCUCGGUUUUAAUAUUGUACAGUGUUAUAACAAUAUUACACUAUAUAUUUUCUCUCCACAUCUCCUCUUUUAUUUUAUACAUGUGCAUGGACACCUAACGACCUUUUUUUGAAUGGUCUGAGGAGAAUAUCAUUUUGUGAGUUGUGGAAGUUUUAAAGUGUAUUUUUGCAAUUGUUUUCUACUACACUUUGAACUUUACUCUUUUAUAUAUUUUGUCAAAAACACUAAGAGAGUGUUGUAUAAAGGGUAUUUUACACCUUAAGGCAUUGCAAUUUUUGCACAAAUGAGAGUAUAAUUUUUCAUUUUGCGUUAAGAUCUUAAAGACACAGCGCACCUUUUUAAAAAAAUUUGUAUUCUAUUUGUUUUUUUUUGAUUAACACUUUAAAGUUGCAGCUAUUUAUUUUUAUGUAUAUAUGCCCUUGAAUAAGAUUAUAUAAGCGCCAUUUUUUUACUGUUUAACUAUUUAUUAUCACUUUGUAAUUUUAAGAUUCGCACACGUGGCUCAGAGAAGUCAUUCCUGGUAUAAAGGCCUUUGGGGUAACCUUCUUCCCUUCAGGACUGAUCCGCUAAGUUCCUCAGGUUUCAAUAAGCGUCAUUUUAAAACAAAUCCUGAGUAGUACAUUUAAAAAUGUUUCUAAUUAAUUAAAAAAAAAAAAAACACAGGUCAUGCUUACAUUUAAAAUGGAAACCAGUUAAUCUCCAGUUUGUCACCAUCUGUGUUUGUGUGGAGUCUUUCCGCAUACUAGCAACAAUCUGGCUCUGCCCUCCAUAACAUGAUGAUGUAUUGUGAUUGGUCUCCAAUACGAGACUGUGUAUGUGUAGAAUCUAGUUUUAAACUCAUGUUUUCAUCCUUGAAGGCCCUGGUCAUUGCUGCCAAUUACAGUCAGAUUCAGGAACUGGAUCUCAGAAGCAAAUGUUUAAAUUCCUUGAUGGAUAUCGUUUUCAAGAGAAUUUAUCAGGUCAGUAAAAGAUUUUUUUUUUUUUGUCUCCAGUACCCCUUGCACAUAACUGCUUUCACCACUUGUUUGUUCCCUGGUGCUAACUUGGGUCUAUAAACGUUUAAAGAAAACAGCGAAGUGAAAAAUGCACUCAUAGGCUUUUAGUGUAGGAAACUGAAUUGAUAAAUUCUAACAUAUCAGCCAGUUAAAGGAACAAUAUAGUUUUAGGAAUACAAAAUUGUUUUCCUAACGCUAUUGUGUCCCUUUGUUAUUGUCUGGCCCCCUCCUGAUGUUGAAAGGGUUAAAAAAAAAAUCCCUUUAACCCCUUAAGGACCAAACUUCUGGAAUAAAAGGGAAUCAUGACAUGUCACACAUGUCAUGUGUCCUUAAGGGGUUAAUACCUACCUCUCUCCAGGGCAGAGGCUCCACCUCCUCCGUUGUCGAAAAAAGGGGGGGAACCUAAUGCCAAUGUGCGGAAAGUGCUCGUGCAUUAGACCUUCCAUAUGCCAAAUAUAGCUUUUUCUGACAAUUGGCCAGACACAUAAUUGACAGUUGAUCCUUUAAUUUUUCUUCUAUAAAGGAAAACUAUAGUGCUAGGAAAACAUAGUUUUACCUCGCAGUUAAAAAAACACCUUCUUUCACUUACCUUAUUCCAACGCCGAUGUCAGUACACCUCUGCUCCUCCUCUCCCUGAUGUCAGGGACUUAAUGCACAUGCGCAGCAAGCGCUGGCUGCGCUCACUUUGAUUACCAUUGGAGGGUUAAGGGACUUGGGACACUGCACCCAGACCUCUUCAAUGAACUGAAGUGGUCUGCGUGCCUAUUGUGAUGAGAUACCUAGCAGGUAAUAUUCAUCUGUAAGCCAUUGCUGCCAAGGUUGGACAGAAUCACACUUAAAGGACCACUCUAGGCACCUAGACCACUUCAGCUUAAUGAAGUGGUCUGGGUGCCAGGUCCAGCUAGGCUUAACCCAUUCUUUUAUAAACAUAGCAGUUUCAGAGAAACUGCUAUGUUUUAUGAAUGGGUUAAGCCUUCCCCCAAAUCCUCUAGUGGCUGUCUCAUUGACAGCCGCUAGAGGCGCUUGCGUGCUUCUCACUGUGAUUUUCACAGUGAGAGCACGCAAGCGUCCAUAGGAAAGCAUUGUAAAUGCUUUCCUUUGCGACCGGCUGAAUGCACGCGCAGCCAGCCGACGGGGAGGAUUGGAGGAGGAGAGCUCCCCGCCCGGCGCUGGAAAAAGGUAAGAUUUAACCCCUUUCCCCCUUCCAGAGCCGGGUGGGGGCACCCUCAGGGCAAUAUAGUGCCAGGAAAACAAGUGUGUUUUCCUGGCACUAUAGUGGUCCUUUAAAGGAUCACUAUAGUAUCAGGAACACAAACUUGUAUUCGUGACCCUAUAGUGUUUAACCCACCAUUUAGGUGGCUUGUAUCCUCUUAGCCCCCCUAUAAAAGUAUAAAAUGCACCUUAUUUCCAGCGCCGUGCAGGUCUGCCAUGCUGGCCCCGCCCCCAUUGUGACAUCAUCAAAAUGGCCGGUGUUUAGCCAAUCCAAUGCUUUCCCAUAAAGAAAGCAUUGAAUUGGCUAAAAAUCGGCACAGAGCGUGGCCAAAUGCCAUUUUGGCCAAUCAGGAGCUCCUCAUAGAGAUGCAUUAAAUCCGUGCAUCUCUAUGAGGAAAAUUCAGCAUCUCCAUGCAGAGUGUGGGGACGCUGAAUGGCUGGGCUGCUUACUGUGCAGCCCUGAGCCAGGAAGCCCCUCAAGUGGCCAUCUAAGGAGUGGCCACUUGGAGGUGCCCCUAGGGGAAAUGUAAACACGGUCUUUUCUCUGAAAAGGCAGUGUUUGCAUGAACAAAGCCUGAAGGGACCUAUUAUAAAGUAGUUGUUCUGGUGACUAUAGUGUCCCUUUUUAAUAAUUCAGAAGUAUCAUUUUUGAAUUAUUUAUGUGGCUGCAGAAAAGCGAGGCCGUAGAUGCCAGGGAGUGUUGCCCUGCUUUUAUCAAACUUUUCUAAAUCAUAUACAGAAAAUGAGGGGACAGCACUUCCAAACUCCACCUACCAGACCAACAACAAUGAGCUUAAAGCCCCUCUUAAUAUAUUAACCUUGCAUUACUUUAAAUAAUUCCAUGACUGUCGUUAUAAUGCUUAUUUUGCAUGGAAUUAAAAGUAAUCCUGAAAACACAGAUUUAUUGAAAGGAAAAAAAAGCUAUUUAAUUGCAACUAUUUUCUUUCUCUGUAAAUAACGCAAUGUUUGACUUUUGUUGCAGCCUUUCCAGUCAUAUCACCCAAGACCACUACAGGAAAGGAAUUAUAGUCCAGCCAUUGGUAUGUUCUUCAAUCUAUAUUCUAAUGGAAUGGUUUGUGAAAAUAUGUGGUUAAGAAUUGCAAGUGAUAUACUGUUUAGGGUUCUUUAGAGUGUGUUGGAUUAGGUUCACCAGAUAGCAAAGUGUCCAAUAGGUACUUUCCGUCUUGUUGGAUUCCUGCUCCCAUAAUCCUCUGUCAGCCAUAGAGAAUUGUGGGAACCACAGUCCAAAAGAUUGCUUGAUGUUUACCAUUAGAUACAAAGGCUGUCUGUGCAGUUUUAAGAAGAAGAAAAAAGCUAAACAUUUACUUUGAAAUUGCUUAACUGCUUUAUGGUGCCAGUAAAGGAACAAUCAAGUCACAAUAUCUAUUUUCUUGUUAGUUGACCCAAGAGUUACGUACGAAAAUCUUAGAGAGAAGGAAAGGAUUGAUCAUGUGACCCGGGAGACCUUUGGUGAUGGACCUCUGCCAAAACUGGAAACUGCAUCGUACAAGGUAAGUCAGGCAAAUACUAAAAGGAAAACUCUGACAUCUCAGGUUCCACACCUGAGUGCUGCUAUUUCACUUCGCUCUGCUUUGCAUAGCAGAUCAGUAUUAUGUUGCGUAUGGUGACGAGUGCUGAUGUUGUCACAAUAUGAAUGUAAAGCAGAAUGAUCCUUGGUUGUUUAAACACGUACUCCCAAUAAAGGAUUAAAUGACUGUGCUUUGGAUGGAAUCUAAGGAAGAAUGGUAGUUUUCCUUUAAGAACCAUUUAAAUUUAUGUUUUCUAGGGAGCUGUAAACAAAUAUCUUUUCUUUCCUUCUUCAUUAAGUGAACAUUAACCCCUUAACGCCGUUACGGCGUUCUAUGCCGUCGCGGCUUUAAAGCCUUUGCGUCGGCAUAGAACGCCGUAACGGCUUAAGCCCCCAAGAGAUCGGAGGUACUUACCUCCGCCGCGAUCCUCUUCUGGAGGGCUACCUGACAGCCCAGGCAGCCCUCCUUUGGAAAAUGAGGCCCCCGAGGGCCAUGUGAUCGCUCUCCAAGAGCGAUCACAUGGGCCCCUAUAGCUGGCUGUGGAUCUGCCAGCGGGGGGGGGGGGCUGCUGGUAGGUAGUGUAAAAAAAAAAAAAAAUUAAACAUGUUUAAAAAUAAAUGAAAUAUAUUUUUAUAUAUAUACUAUAUGUGUAUGUGUGUAACGUCAUACAUAAUGUAUUUUAAUACUAAUAUCAGUGUGUGUGUGUGUGUAUAUAUAUAUAUAUAUAUAUAUAUAUAAUAUAUAUUAAUAUCAAAAUACACUUAGAAUGACGUUAUAUAUAUAUAUAUAUAUAUAUAUAUAUAUAUAUAUAUGUAUUAUAUAAUAGAUAUAUACACAUUAUUUAUAUAUAUGUAUAAUUACAAUAAUUAAAAUAAUAAAAUAUUGAAACAAAAUUUUAUAUAAAUUAUAUAUUCAUAUGUAAUUUCAUUCUAACUGUAUUUUGUUAUUUAUAUAUAUAUAUAUAUAUAUAUAUAUAUAUAUAUAUAUAUAUAUAUAUAUAUAUAUAUAUAUAUAUAUAUAUAUAUAUAUAUAUAUAAUACAAUACAAAUAACUGUGUGUGUGUAUAUAUAUAUAUAUAUAUCUCACAGUAGUUUCUGGCACUCAUCCCAUAACAAAAGCAUUAAUUCAGCAAUGACCUGGUGCCUCUCCGUGCAAAAUAUACAAAUGGAACAAAUUGAGAGCACUCAUUGGAUUUAGUAAACAAAAAAAUAUAUUAAAUCAAACGCAUAUAAAUCAACGUUUCGACCGUCUAGCGGUCUUUAUCAAGAUGUUAUGACAUGUGAAAAUCUCAAAUAUAUAUAUACAAUCUAAUGUGUUAAACUUACCCAAUCACCAAGUGCACCCUGUUUGUCCGGUCUGCUCUGUGAAUAAAGCCACAAACCGAAGACUGUCAAACAUACUGCCGAAAAGUGACAUAAAGCACAGCCACCAAGUAUUGUCUAGAAACGGCAAAGUUGUUUUAAAAGAGAAAAAAUCGGAGUAAAAUUAAAAGCAUAUAUGGAGGAGAAAGAAAUAAAGUCUGAUUACAUGGUCUUAAAUGUAUAUAAGUGUGGAAUGUUAAAGACAGCAGUAUGAAUGAAAACGGGUUAGCCAAAGGGUUAACCAGAACAGACUAAUGUGUGUGUGCGUGCUGAAUAAAGAGAAAAAAAAAAAAGAGUGAAUGUGUGAAGAAUUGCAAAGAAGUCAAAUGUGUGAGAUGUACGACAGUGUAUGAAAUGGAAAAAAGAACUGUAUCAAAAAAGUCUAUAUGAUCUGAAGAGACUAAAUAUGUAACAAAAAUAAAAAAUGCAUCUUGAUAAAGACCGCUAGACGGUCGAAACGUUGAUUUAUAUGCGUUUGAUUUAAUAUAUUUUUUUUGUUUACUAAAUCCAAUGAGUGCUCUCAAUUUGUUCCAUCCAUUUGUAAUCUUUUAUGUAUAUAGUUACAUAAAAGAUUACAUUAGUAUACACACAGAAUUUAAAUACUUAUAAAUGCAUAUAUAUUAAAAUUCUACGUGUAUAUUUAAGUAAUCUUUUAACAUAAUUAUGUGAUUUGAUUGACAUGCCUGACAACACAGGGAGAAAGUGCAGAGAAUUUAAUUCGCAAGCACUAUAUUUGACCCUGUAACUCUCCAAGACACCAUAAAAACUGCACAUAGGGGGUACUGUUUUACUCGGGAGACUUCGCUGAACUCAAAUCUUAGUGUUUAAAACUGGUAAAUUGUAUUACAACAAUGAUAUUUUAAGUAAAAGUGACAUUUUUUACAAACAAACGGCAUUUUUAUGGACUAUAUUAUUGUAAUAUGUUUUACUGUUUUAAAACACUAAUAUUUAUGUUUAGUGAAGUCUCCUGAGAAUAACAGUACCCCUCCAAUGUACAGGUUUUGUGGUGUUUUGGAAAGUUAGAGAGUCACAUAUAAGGCUUGCAUUUCAUUUUUUUGACAUUGAAAUUUGCCAGAUUGGUUAUGUUGCCUUUUGAAAGCAUAUAGUAGCCCAGGAAUGAGAAUUACCCCCAUGAUGGCAUAUUUGGCCAGUGUUUGUGACUAAGUGGCUGCUUAUAAAGACUAAACAUACCCUACUUUCAAUACCUUGAGUUGUCUACUUUUUCAAAUGGUAUGCCAUUAUGGGGGUAAUUCUCAUUCCUGGGCUACCACACCGUCUCAAAGGUAACAUUACUAAUCUGGCAAAUUUCAAUUUGAAAAUGGAACGUUCUAUAUUUGACCCUGUAACUUUCCAAAACACCACAAAACCUGAUAAUGGGGGGUACUGUUGUACUCGUGAGACAUCACUGAUUACAAAUAUGUGCAUUUUUUUUUUUUACAGUAAAACCCAACAGUAUUAUGACAUUUACAGCUAAAAUGUGAGGCAGAACUACAAUUUUUUGUUAAAAAUUUAAAUUUCUCACAGUUUUUUUAAUUUUAAUCAUAAUAAAUUAUGUUUCAUAUAUAAACAUUUGAUAUGAAAUGAAAGCCCUGUUUCUCCUGAACAAAAUAAUAUAUAAUAAGUGUGGGUGCAUUUAAUAUGAAAGAGGUGAAUUACGGUUGAACACAUAUAUAGCGCAUAUUCCAGUUUUUGUUUACGUUUUGUUUUGAUCAAAACGUGUACUAUUGACUCCGUCCUGAAGGGGUCAAAGAUCAGUUACAGGCCAAAUGGACCAAAACAUGCACAUGUGGCUCCUCAGAGCCAAUUAAAUCAUUAGAACAAUGCUGUUUUAAACCGGCUUCAUGUUACCCAGAAUCCUCAGUGCAGCGUGUUUCCAUGCACGUUAACGAAGAGGCCCUUGUAUGCUCAAAACAUGCCCUUGCAGCUUCCCCACUGCCUUUGAAAUAAAUUAAAUAUUGCACAGGCAAGUGAAUGGAAGUUGGUAAAAGAUAUUUUAUGCAGGCCGCGCCCCUUUCCUGUGCAUGUCGUCGUACAUGUAUGCUAAGGAUAGACUUAGGUAGCUCAUCCAGUGCCUGUAGUACACAGAACAACAGGAUGACUGUUAGUAUUGUAAAUAUUUUGUUAGAGUAUCCGUACCUGUUUUUUGUAUUUGCAAGUGCCUGGCUCUGUAAGGUGUGGUUUCUUUUUUGUUGUUGUUGUUGUUGUUGUUGUGUUUUUUUGUUGUUUUUUUUUAUAGAGAUGAAAGGUUACUCAUGUCAUAAUACUGAUUUAUUCACAAACUUUGAACAGUAGUGAAUUGAACCCUGAAUGGCAACAAUAGCUGGAAAAUAAUCUAAGUCUGCCAUAGUCACAUGUAGUCCGUUUUAGCCUAAAUUAGGUCAUUUAGUGAAAAAAACACCAAAAUGAUUCCCUAAUUAUUUAAGCGUCUAUGUGUACUGACACCUCUUAGAAGUAUAUUGCAGUUACCGUUGACCUUGUAUUUUGAAAAACCUGAAUUCUGUUUGUUCUAUUUUAUAUUGUAUUUGGAAGCAUUUAGCCUCUCUUAGAAUUGGCACCUCUAUGUUUUACAGCCUAUAUUGGUUAUGAUAACAAAAUUAAUGUUCACCUAACACUGUUGUUGAACAGCUGGAAACCAUGUUUAAAAGUGAAAGUGGUCUUGCUACCCGAACAGAUCCCUUCCGAUGCGUUGUAAAGUUUUCAAGUCCACACAUUUUGGAGGCCAUCAGAUCUUUGGCACCAGCCGGUGAGUGUUUUUCUUUGCUUUUUAAUUCCAACCACAACAUGGAAGUGUUCUCCAGUAUGGUAAUUUGUUGUGGACAAAGCAAAAGGGGGGGAAAAAAAUCAUACAACUUUUUGAAGAAGUUGAUUAAAAAAAAUUUAAGUCUUCAAUACUUUUGUACCCUACUCCCUGUAGCAUGUAAGCUCAUUGAGCAGGGCCCUCAACCCCUCUGUUCCUGUGCGUCCAACUUUUCUGGUUACAAUUGCAUGUCUGUUAGUCCACCCCUUGUACAGCGCUACGGAAUUUGCUGGCGCUCUAUAAAUUAAUAAUAAUACCAAAUGCGACGGACAUCAUGUGCCCCAUGUUGCUAAAGUCAAGACACAUUUUCUGUGCACGGGUGACCACAGCUGGUCCAACUUCAAUAAUUACAGGAAACUUACAGUCUGAUCAUAUUUACCUCCUCAACAUCUAUAAUCAGCAUCAAAGGGUUGAACACAACAGCCAGAGAGCAUGAGGGUGGCCCUUGCUUUCAUAGAAAACAGGCUUAAAAUCCCUAUACAUCCUAUUGAAACAAAUAAAUCUUGUUCCACCUUUGACAUUGCCUUUGACUGUUUAGCCACCACUUGCCACAUCGGGUGAUAUGUAUAGCCUCCGGUUUGUGUUUCUGUCCUUUCCGGCGACUCACAAGCAAGUAUUUGGUAUCUGUAGCAGCUGCUGUUAUUCGUGAAAGGUUACAAACAUUUUGCAAUAAGAUUGCAAAAUGUAUCUUCAUAGACAUAGAUAAUUGAUCUUCAGUAAUCUGGGCCCUAUGCCAUCAGCACAGACCCUAUGCCAUCAUUGCAUCACAUGUUUAUUCACCAUCAACCUUGAUGUCACUAAAUGAGUAGUGUGCUGUAUGUGAGUGCAUGACAAUUAAAAGUUACUCCAACCUUUUGAGGGGGUGGAGAGGGGUACCUUUCCUGUGUGAUUUGCAGUAAACCUGCAAAAAAAAAAAAAAUGUUUUACUUACCCGGAAUCCGCGCCGGGCAAGGCUCUCGGCACUGACUUCCGCACUCCCUCUGACGUCACAGGGAUCUUGAACAAUGCAAUCGCAGGCUACUCAUAGAGGACGGAGGGAGAAAAAAAAAAAAAGAGAGAGGUGGAAGGGAGGGGAAAGCAAUCUUCUUCUUGCUUGCGUCAGAUGCAAAAUAUGCACAGAAUUGACAUUAACAACCCAGAACAGAGUUCUGGACUGUCAAUGUCACAUGUACUGCAGUUGUAACUAGCCCCCAGCACAAAAUUAAAAACGUGCAGCGUUUCAAGCAGAAAUACUGCACAUAGUGACUCCUACCACCGUGACCACUUAAAAUCAUUGAAGUGGUCAUGGUGAUUGGAGUAACCCUUUAAAGGGACACUGUAGUCACCAGAGCCACUACAGCUUAAUGUAGUGGUUCUGGAGUCUAUAGUAUGUCCCUUCAGUCUUAGCACUGUAAACACUGCCUUUUCAGUCACUCAGACCACCACUAGGGUUGCUUUCUAGUUCAGAGCUGCACUGUGCAGAACCUAUGUUCAGUGUCUCCAUGGAGAUGCUGAAUGUUCCCCAUAGAGAUACAUUGAUUCAAUUCCUCUAUGAGGAAAUGCUAAUGAGCACAGUGCAGUGUUUUGCCGUGCAUGCGCCAUAAACUCACAGUGCUUUCCCACUGGAAAGCAUUGAAUUAACUGAGAUCAUCAAGAUUGAUCACCUUUGGAGGUGGACCCAGCUCGGCAAUUCCAGGGCGGCGUUAGAUAAAGGGUCAGUUUAAUACCUUUUUAUCUUCACAGAGAGGGGUGCCGGGGAGCUAAACAUUAAUUCAUGACACUUUAAUCUCCAAAAUAACUUUAGCUUAAUGAUGCUGUUAUGGGCAAAUACAAAUAUUACAAGUUUUAGAAUGAAAUGUUUUAUUUUUUUAAACUGUGUACUUUGUCUUUAAGAGAUAUUGCAAACUGACAAGGUGUUAGAAAUGGAACAUAUUGUUUUUCAUAACUGUUUCUUUAAGCAAUAACCCCCUGUGCAUAAUAUGUUUGCGCCAUUUUGUCCCAGACAAAUUACAAUAACAAUAAUGCCUAAACAAGCUUCAAGGCUAUGCUACUGUGGUAACCUUAAGUAGAUAAGGAUGUCCAGACUUUAAGAUGCAAUCUUGAACUAAGUCAGGAAAAUUUCCAUGACGUAUGCACCUUUUAGUUAUGGCCUUGUAUGUUUGCCAAGUUAAGGGAGGUCCUAAAAUGAAUAAAGUAAAAGAAGUGUUACUUUUUAUAUAUGAACUACGGUAACCCUAAAAUGGAGACACCUAAGGUAUAAAUAGGUGUACUUUUAAAUGUUAAGACACAGAGGAGAGACUUGGAGACAGAUGCUGCUCCAUCUUAAAAUGACAGAGAGGCUGAGAGGAUGACCUGUUCAAAAGGGUAUGUUAACCUAUUAAUGAUAUAUGCAAGCAUUUAGUUAAAUCUUAUAAACUCUGCUAUAAUGGAUUUUAUAUGUUUAUAUUUUUAUAUAAUAAAUAUCAAAAAGACAAAACUUUAUUGCUUCCAAGACAAUCCUUAUUUUAUAUUGUAUUCUCAAUUAUUUAUAUAUGUUAAAUAGAGGAUCUCUUACACUAACGAUAUAAAAUUAUGGCUAAGAUAUCUGUAUGGUUAGCCCUACUAAGUUCUAUGCUUUAAGACAUUAUAGUGGUAAAUAAGGGAACCGUCCGCGGUUACAAUGCAGCUUCGGUGUUUUGAUCAUGCCCCUGCAGUAUCACUGCUCAAUUCUUUGUUUAUGCUGCCCUUGUCUGUCCUUGACUUACACUUUCACCUUAACACUUCCUGUAAAGAGUCCUCUAAUGUUUACACUUCCUUUUAUUGCAAAUUCUGUUUAAUCUAGAAUUUCUUAUCUCUUGCGCUGUUAGAGGAACACUAUAGGGUCAGGAACACAAACAUGUAUUCCUGAUCUUGUAGUGUUAAAACCACCAUCUAGCCCCUUCUUGCCUCCCUAAAUAUAGUAAAAUCUUACUUGUCUGCAGCUGCUGGCUCUGCCCCUGUCUUAUGACAUCCUCAGAAGUUGUGGUCUGAGCCAAUCUCAAUGCUUCCCCAUAGGAUUGGCUGAGACUGUCAAGGAGACAGAUCAGGGGCAGAGCCAGCACAAGCCAAACACAGCCCUGGCCAAUCUGCAUUUCCUCAUACAGUUGCUUUGAUUUAAUGCAUCUCUAUGAGGGAAGUUCAGCAGAGGGUGGAGACACUGAAUGACAGUGCUGCUUACUGUAGAGCACUGCCUCAGAAUGCACCUCUAGUAGCCAUCUAAGGAAUGGCCAGUGAAGUUAUCACUAGGCUGUAAUGUAAACACUGCAUUUUCUUUAAAAAGACAAUGCUUACUGCAAAAAGCCUGAAGGUAAUGAUUCUACUCACCAGGAUAAUUGCAAUGAGCUGUAGUUGUUCUGGUGACUAUAGUGUCCAUUUUAAUAGCUUGCUAAACCUGCAGGAGCCUCCUGUGUAUAAUUAAAGUUCAAUUUACAGAGCAGGAAAUAAAAACUUACAUCUAAUUUAAAAAUUAAACCAUUUUGUUUUCAUGCAGACAGUGUCAGCCACAACAAGGGGAGGUGUUGCCAGGGCCACUUAAACAGAAACAAAAGUGAUUUAACUCCUAAAGUGAAUUGAGCAGUUAAACAUCAGAGGCAUGAUCUAUACACAAAAACUGAUUCAGCGUUGCACUGUUCUUGUGGAACUCUCUUCCCUUUUCCGUUACAUGAUCACUUAGUCUCCACUCCUUCAAAAAAAUCAUUAAAACCCCACUUCUUCAUAAAAGCGUAUCAAUUAAACUGUUAAUAGCUCCGACUGAUUCCUCAUUUGCAACUGUCAUUAGUCUAAUACUAUCCUUACCUUUUGUGUCAUUUUACCCCACUCCCUCUAGCAUUUAAGCUCAUUGAGCAGGGCCCUCAACCCCUCUGUUCCUUUGUGUCUAACUUGUCUGGUUACAACUACAUGUCUGUUCGUCCAGCCAUUGUAAAGCGCUACGGAAUUUGUUGGCGCUAUAUAAAUAAUAACAUAAUUAAGCUAAAGUUGUUUUGGUGACUAUAGCGUCCCUUUUAAGGGCGAGAUUAUUAGAACAUCGACAUUUAUUGAGCAUUAAUAAUAAUGAAAAUGGUGUUACAUUUGUAUGCUUUGCAGGAAAUGAUAAAUUAAUGUGUAUAUUGAACUUUUCUACUAAGUUAUGAUUUCAAUUAGGAGCAAUGUUUUCUUCGCACCCAGCAUGUUGGCGAUUAACCUCACAUCUUUUGUUUUCUCCCUGUAGGCAUUGCAGAAGCGCCGAUUUCCAAUUUACUGACAUGCAUACCACACAAAGCCAGGAAUGUAUUUAAAAUCACAGACAAGAGACCUUUGCAUCCUUUGAACAGCCAGGCAACUAGUGUUUGACACUUCUGAUGGAACUAUAGCUUUGCUAUCACAUGGCCAAGCGUUUGUACAAUUCCACUGUCCUGGCUCCAUCUGGAGCAUCAUGUGACAUUAAAGAAACCUGUAUUUAUGCAUAAUGCACUUUGUACUGCAAUGUCAAUUGUAUAUAUUCCUGCUUUCUACUUUCUGGGUUGUAUGAAGAGCUUCAGCAUUUUCACUAUGUUUCUGUGUUACAUUUCAUUUGUAGGAUGUUAAAUGUUACUUUUUUUUUUUUUUUUUUUUAACGAAGGUUAGCCUUUGGUGAAAUAUCCCUGGAACUAAUUUGCAGCCCAGUUACAAUUUGUACCACACUAUUGUUGCUUCUGAGCUGUUCAAAUAACACCUCUUGGAAGUCAGUAACUUUCUACUUCCAAUGAUGUCAUCAGGGCGAAUCUGAUGCCCAUUACUAAUAAGUCCGAAACAUCUUCCGGUAGCAAGCAUUAACCUAUUUAACUCCAUCUUACCUGCUGAUAAUAAAUAUUUUAAAGUUUUUAUUGUUAUUUCUCCUGUGUUAUUAGUCAGAGUUCAUGUCCUAGGGAACAGCCCGGAAAACAAGUGUUUGGGUGGGAGGCAUCAGAACUACAUAUAAUUUGUGCCAAAGAUUCUCGUAUUUUAUAGUUUCCAGGAACUUUGGAAAGGUUUGUAUGGAUGUUUGGACCUCUGCGAUUUGUAGCUAAACUCCAUGAAGCUCAUUGUAAAUGAACAUGUUAUUUGUCUUAAAAAAACUUGAACAAAUUUUAAGAAACCUUCAUGUACAUCUAACUAGCUUUUUUUUUCUUUCUUUUUUUUUUUUAAAGAUUUUUAUUUUCCUUAGCUCUUUUUUACAUCACUGUCCCCUUAAUUAUGUUUUUAAACAAACUGUCUAGUUCAAAUGCAUUAAUCCAAACUGUGUACUUGCUUAUUUUAUUUGGACAAUUGUUCUUAUGGUACUUCUUUUUAUUAUUUUUUAUGUUAAAUGAUUAAGAUCAAUACAUCAGUUGUAUUUCCAGUGGUAAAUCUGUGAAACCAAUUUCAAAUAGUUUAGUGGAUACGUCCUAAUUUUCAAUUAAAUAAUGUACUUAUUUUCUAAAAUAAAAAUAAAACCCACAUACAUGAAACAAUCAGCUAUUGGGGCUAUCACCAGUUAAUUAGAGAUUAUAUAUUAGCAUUUUAAAGCUGGAAAUAUAACUGAGCUUAACUAUUGUGGCCUAGCAUUAUUUGGUUCACUCCAAUACACAGUUUAGUGAUUAGCUCAGAGUAUGUCUUUAGGCUCCAAAUUUAAUUCAUUCAUGCAAAAAGCCUGCGAUUUAGACAAAUUGACAAAUCACAAGCCAGCACUAAAAUAAUUUCAAAAACCUUUAUUUGACAAAAUGGACACCUACUUUUCAAUGCACAAAAACUGCCCUGGGAACGCUCUUUAAUGAGUUCCACUCCUUGAAUAUUCAUAAGUGUGAGUAUAAAAGGAAUGUUUGUACCUGUGUUGGAUAAUAAAAUACACUAUUUUGUCUUUUUUUUUUUGCCACAAUUAUUGGGUUGCACUAUGUUUGCAAUUGAAUAUAUUACAUUUGUGUCAUUGGUCUAAUGUAUUGCUUGUCAAACCUACUACACCAGGUGUGAUAAAUUUCAUCACACCUCUCUCACCUGCUCUAGCGAGUCUUUGAUGACUCAUUUUUCAGAUGUAAAAAUGAGCCAUUUACAUGUUAAUGUCUCUUUGUGUGUGUGUUUGUGUUAUUCAUUUGUAUGUAG